UCAUUUUUUUAGCUCACCUGACCUGAAAGGUCAAGUGAGCUUUUCUCAUCACUUUGCGUCCGUCGUCCGUCGUCCUGCGUCCGUCGUCCGUCGUCCGUCGUCCGUCGUCCGUCGUCCGUAAACUUUUACAAAAAUCUUCUCCUCUGAAACUACAGGGCCAAAUUUAACCAAACUUGGCCACAAUCAUCAUUGGGGUAUCUAGUUUUAAAAAUGUGUGGCGUGACCCGGUCAACCAACCAAGAUGGCCGCCACGGCUAAAAAUAGAACAUAGGGGUAAAAUGCAGUUUUUAGCUUAUAACUCAAAAACCAAAGCAUUAAGAGCAAAUCUGACAUGGGGUAAAAUUGUUCAUCAGGUCAAGAUCUAUCUGCCCUGAAAUUUUCAGAUGAAUCGGACAACCCGUUAUUGGGUUGCUGCCCCUGAAUUGGUAAUUUUAAGGAAAUUUUGCUGUUUUUGGUUAUUAUCUUGAAUAUUAUUAUAGAUAGAGAUAAACUGUAAACAGCAAUAAUGUUCAGCAAAGUAAGAUUUACAAAUAAGUCAAUAUAACCGAAAUGGUCAAUUGACCCCUUUAGGAGUAAUUGCCCUUUAUAGUCAAUUUUUAACCAUUUUUCGUAAAUCUUAGUAAUCUUUUACAAAAAUCUUCUCCUCUGAAACAACUGGGCCAAAUUAAACCAAACUUGGCCACAAUCAUCAUUGGGGUAUCUAGUUUAAAAAAUGUGUGGCGUGACCCGGCCAACCAACCAAGAUGGCCGCCACAGCUAAAAAUAAAACAUAGGGGUAAAAUGCAGUUUUUGGCUUAUAACUCAAAAACCAAAGCAUUUAGAGCAAAUCUGACAUGAAGUAAAAUUGUUUAUCAGGUCAAGAUCUAUCUGCCCUGAAAUUUUCAGAUGAAUCGGACAACCCGUUAUUGGGUUGCUGCCCCUGAAUUGGUAAUUUUAAGGAAAUUUUGCUGUUUUUGGUUAUUAUCUUGAAUAUUAUUAUAGAUAGAGAUAAACUGUAAACAGCAAUAAUGUUCAGCAAAGUAAGAUUUACAAAUAAGUCAAUAUAACCGAAAUGGUCAGUUGACCCCUUUAGGAGUAAUUGCCCUUUAUAGUCAAUUUUUAACCAUUUUUCGUAAAUCUUAGUAAUCUUUUACAAAAAUCUUCUCCUCUGAAACAACUGGGCCAAAUUAAACCAAACUUGGCCACAAUCAUCAUUUGGUUAUCUAGUUUUGAAAAUGUGUGGCGUGACCUGGUCAACCAACCAAGAUGGCCGCCACGGCUAAAAAUAGAACAUAGGGGUAAAAUUCAGUUUUUGGCUUUUAACUCAAAAACCAAAGCAUUUAAAGCAAAUCUGACAUGAAGUAAAAUUGUUUAUCAGGUCAAGAUCUAUCUGCCCUGAAAUUUUCAGAUGAAUCGGACAACCCGUUGUUGGGUUGCUGCCCCUGAAUUGGUAAUUUUUAAGGUGAUUUUGCUGUUUUUGGUUAUUAUCUUGAAUAUUAUUAUAGAUAGAGAUAAACUGUAAAAAACAAUAAAUGUCGGCAAAGUAAGAUCUACAAAUAAGUCAACAUGACCGAAAUUGUCAGUUGACCCCUUUAGGAGUUAUUGCCCUUUAUAGUCAAUUUUUAACCUUUUUUUCGUAAAUCUUAGUAAUCUUUUACAAAAAUCUUCUCCUCUGAAACUACUGGGCCAAGUUAAUUAUAGAUAGAGAUAAUUGUAAGCAGGAAAAAUGUUCAGUAAAUUAAGAUGUACAAACACAUCACCAUCACCAAAACACAAUUUUGUCAUGAAUCCAUCUGCGUCCUUUGUUUAAUAUUCACAUAGACCAAGGUGAGCGACACAGGCUCUUUAGAGCCUCUAGUUUCACAUGCCAACUUUUGAUAUAUUAACAAAAAUUUGUGCCUUGCAUUUGUACAGCGAUCACUUAAAAAUUCCCACCAUGAUUGGGCAGAUUCUUUAAUGAUACAUAUUGUUAAAAAUGCAAAUCUUAAUUAAUUUGAAUGCAAAAAAUUUUAUGAAGGAAAAUUGCUUCUGAAAUUAUAAGUGUGAGUUUUUAUUGCGAAACCUGAUACUCUUGUAUUUUUGGCAUUAAUGAAUUUCUGAACUUGUAGUAUCAUGGAUCAUUGAUAAUGUUCAAGUCAUAUGAAACUUCUUUCUAAUGAUUAAAGUUUAAAUGUUAAUGAAAUUAUUGAACCAAUGCAUGCAUAUACUGUGGAUUCUUCUAUUUUUGUUGGUACCAAUUUUCGUGGAUUAAGGGAGAAAUGUAUUUUCAUGGAUAUUUGAUUUUGGGGUUUUGCUAAAGUCUUCAUACAAGCCUAUAAAAAUAAUGUACUUUAUUGAACAUUUGAAUUUGUAGUUCACCUUUAUCCAUGAAAUCCACAAAAAUUAGUAUUCUAUGAAUAAUAAUAAAUCCACAGUACAUUAAACUAAGUCUUUUGUGUACGUUUAAAAAAAAAAUUUAUUACGAAGUCGUUAUUAUAUAACCCACAAAAAAUAUUUCAUUCAUUGAUUGAGAUAGAAAAUUUUGACUGCUAAUUAACUUUCGGGUUUUGGGGACUAAGUUUACCUGUUGUUACCUUGAUAAACAAUCAACAGAGAAUCAUGGACCACAGGAAAAUAAGUGAGAAGAUAAAAAGAUGUUCAUUUGGUUUUUAUUAUAUAUCUUCCAUGAGUUUCAAUUUAAUCAAACUUUGUCAUAACAGUUGUUAAUUAAUUUGGUGUAUAAAAUUUUUCUUUCAGAAUCAAUUCACACUUUCGUUAACUUCCAUGUUUGUUUACCUUUUCUUUCAUUACAGUUUUUCCCUCGCACUUGCGCUAGGGGGUUGCCGAAGUUCUAAAGAGAGUCUCAUUGUUCAGGUCACUACAUACGGAAAAGCUGUCUGUGAAUUGGAGUACAGGAAGGAAGAUAAAGGAUUCUCUUUUAAAAGAAAGUCGCAUAAUAUAAACUUAAGUUACUUAAGUAAAAAAAAAAUUAAAAUGCUUGACACACCCCUUUCUGGAAAACCCAACAAGCUUAAGAAAGUAUUUUAUGAGUGGUUGGAAAUUAAGAUAAAUUACAUAUUUUUUAGCUAAUUCUGGAGCUGCUGCAGGAGGGAUUCUCUUUUUCCUGACCUACAUACCAUACCUAUUUCUACAACCUCGUUAUGCUGAUCUCUCCUUGACAACCAAACUAACUUCCAGUCUGAUAUCAAACGUUGCGAUGUCUUAUGGUGGACAGGUUAUAGGAAUGUUUGAAGGAACAGGAGCUGGAGUUCAGUGGAAUACUUUGACUCAAGGUGCCUCUGUGGAUGACAACUUCUCCCUUGCCUAUAUAAUGAUGAUGAUGGUUGCUGAUACUGUACUGUAUGGUAUUAUUACAUGGUACAUUGAGGCAGUGUUCCCAGGAGAGUAUGGUGUACCGUUAUCAUGGUAUUUCCCUUUUACUAGUUCUUAUUGGUGUGGCACUGUUGCUAGUGAUGUGAUGGAAGGUGAUGAAAACUUUUUAAAUCAACAUUCUUCUGAGUAUUUUGAACAAGAUCCUAUAAGACUCAGACCAGGAAUUCAAAUAAGAAACUUGAAAAAGGUUUUCAAGACUAAUGGAUCAAUGAAAACUGCUGUAGAAGGAAUGACCUUGAACAUAUAUGAAGGUCAGAUAACUGCUCUCUUAGGACAUAAUGGUGCUGGGAAAACUACAACAAUAUCUAUGUUAACAGGAUUUUUCCCUCCUUCAAGUGGUACAGCUAAAGUAAAUGGGUAUGACAUCAGGAAAGACAUUACCAGUGUACGCAGUAGUCUAGGUCUCUGUCCACAACAUGACAUACUGUUUGAUUCUCUCACAGUAGAGGAACACCUUCAAUUCUUUGCUAGUUUAAAAGGUUGUCCUAAAGACAAAGUAAAGGAUGAAGUAGAUUCCAUGAUAACACAGAUAAAUCUGAAAAACAAACGUUCAGCAGCCAGUAAAACAUUAUCUGGUGGUAUGAAGAGAAAGUUAUCUGUUGGAAUAGCCCUGAUUGCAGGGUCAAAGAUUGUUAUUUUGGAUGAGCCCUCCUCUGGAUUAGAUCCUGAUGCCAGACGACAGAUCUGGACAGUUUUACAGAAAAACAAGGAAGGAAGGACAAUGAUUCUUACAACACAUUUUAUGGAUGAAGCUGAUCUCCUUGGUGACAGAAUUGCUAUUAUGGCUGAAGGAGAUGUUAAAUGUUACGGAACUUCACUUUUCCUCAAAAAUAAAUAUGGAGCUGGGUACCACAUGGUCAUUGUUAAAGAUGUCAAAUGUGAUGUCAACAGGAUGACAGAGGUCAUCAAGAGUUAUGUCCCUUCUGCUGUAAUGGAGAACAAUGUUGGUGCUGAGCUGUCAUACAUUCUUCCCCAUGAGUGUUCCCACAAAUUUGAAGAAAUGUUCACUGAUAUUGAGGAGAAUAAAGCAGCCUAUGGUAUUGCUAGCUAUGGAGCAUCGGUCACAACCAUGGAGGAGGUUUUCCUUAGGGUUGGAGAAAACAGAAGCAUAGAAUUAGGAGAAAACAGAAGCAUAGAACUACCCCAACACAAUGGAGUAGUUGUAACCAAAGGCAAUGGCAGAAUGGAUUUAUCUGUCAACGCAACAGGUACACCUGGUUUCAUAUCAGUGGUUACUAGUGACUUGAAGAAAAAUAAAGGAACAGCAUUAUUUUUGCAACAGUUUUGUGCUAUGUUCAUCAAAAGAGCUAAACAUACGAUGAGAAACAAAAUUGUCACAAUUACACAACUGGCCAUUCCAUUGUUUUAUACAAUUAUGGCACUUACUGUUGUCCGUACAUUUCCUGGGCCAGAAGAUUCUCCACCAUUGAAACUGAAUGUAUCUGCUUAUGGUAGAAAUACAAUUGUUUAUAAUGAAAGAGGAGGUGGGCAAGAUUUAAACAUGAUAGGACAUUUCUUUGAAAUGCAGUUUAAAAAAUCCCAUGAUGAGGUUGUGAAUGUAAAGAGAGACAGUCAGUUUGUCAAUAUUGAUGACUAUCUUUUCCAACAGGGAAUUGAUGGUCUAGGAAACUAUAAUCUUCAUUACAUUGUUGGGGCCAAAUUUGUAAAUGUGACAAACAAAAUCAAAGCUACAGCAUACUUUAAUGACCAAUCAUUUCACUCAUCAGCCAUCUCCUUGGCAACUAUGUUCAACUCUGUUAUUAAAUUUGUUAUGAACAGUACUGGUUAUACAUUAUCAACAGUCAACUCACCGUUGCCAAGGACACAGACACAAAAGAUUCGAGAUGAAACAAAAGGCAGUACAACUGGUUUCACAAUAUCGUUCAAUUUUGUAUUUGGAAUUUCUUUCCUAUCCAGCAGUUUUGUAUUGUUCCUUAUCAAAGAGCGGGCAACCAAGGCGAAACACAUUCAGUUUGUUAGUGGAGUAAGCCCAAUCAAUUUCUGGCUUUCAACUUUUUGUUGGGAUAUGAUAAAUUACAUUAUUCCUUGUAUCUUUCUGAUUAUUACAUUUGUGGCUUUUGAUAUAACAGCAUACCUAAAGCCUGUCAGCCAUGUUGGUCAUAUGGCCCUGCUGUUGAUACUGUAUGGAUGGGCUAUGUUACCAUUUAUGUAUUUGUUGUCGUUUAUAUUCACUGUUCCUUCUACAGGAUUUGUAUGGCUGACAAUGUUCAACAUAUUAUCAGGUGAUGCAACAAUCCUUGCUGUAGGUAUAUUGGGUAUACCACAGUUGGAUCUGGAAGAUCUUGCCAAAGCAUUAGAGUGGGUCUUCUUGACAUUCUUACCAAAUUUCUGCCUAGGACAGGGAUUAAUGGAUUAUUAUAUGAACUAUGAAUACUUGGAAGUGUGUAAACCUAUAAUAGGACUAUGUAAAGCUUUUCCCAACCCUUGUUGUAAAGAUGUAAAUAUAGGAGAUGAUAAAUGUGGACCUGAAGGAUGUUUUCCUUUGAGUAGUAAUUAUUUAGGAUGGGAAAAGAAUGGUAUUGGUAGAAUGUUGUUUUUUUUGGCCAUACAAGGGCUUUCAUACUUUAGUCUCCUUUUAUUUCUUGAAUCCCGGUACCUGAACAGAUUUCAGUAUGCAGUUGGACAAAGAAAAGAAAGAACACACUCACAGUUAUCAGAUGAUUCUGAAGUUAUCAAUGAGCACACACCACUUUUAGGACCAAACCGAAAUGUAUCCAUAGUUCAAGAAGAUACAGAUGUUGCCACAGAGAGAGCUAGACUUGCAAAUGCAUCCUUGAAUGAACUAUUUAAUACAGACUCCCUCAUUAUGAAAGAAUUGACUAAGUUUUAUGACAACAAUCUUGCUGUUGAUCAUACAGCUGUUGGGAUUCCAGAGGGAGAAUGUUUUGGUUUACUUGGUGUUAAUGGUGCUGGUAAAACUACAACAUUUAAAAUUUUGACAGGAGAUGAAGUAAUGUCAUCUGGCAAUGCUUAUUUGGAUGGCAUAAGUGUGACAGAAAAUAUUACAGAGGUGAGACAAAGACUGGGUUACUGUCCACAGUAUGAUGCCUUGAUUGACCAGAUGACAGGACGUGAGACACUAUACAUGUUUGCCAGAUUACGUGGGGUUCAGGAGAAUGUUAUACCAGAGGUUGUUGGUGGACUGAUUACAUCACUUCUGUUACAGAAACAUGCAGAUAAAUUAGUUAAAGCAUAUAGUGGUGGUAACAAAAGGAAAUUGAGCACUGCCAUAGCAUUAGUUGGCAAUCCUCCAAUAGUAUUUCUGGAUGAGCCAACAACAGGGAUGGAUCCAGUAGCUAGGCGACAUCUGUGGGAUGUUUUAUCCAAUAUACGUGAUUCUGGGAGAACGCUUGUAUUAACAUCACAUAGCAUGGAGGAGUGUGAAGCCUUAUGUACUAGACUGGCUAUCAUGGUCAAUGGACAGUUUAAAUGUUUAGGUAGUCCACAACAUCUAAAGAACAAGUUCGGUGAAGGGUAUUCUCUACUAGCCAGAGUUGGAACACCAUCAGAUGGCACAGAACCAAAUAUUCAACCAUUAAUGAGAUUCAUUAAAGAAAAAUUUCCUGACAGUGAAAUUAAAGAUGUACAUCAAGAAAUGAUUCAUUAUCAUGUUAAAGACACAAAAUUGACGUGGGCCAAGAUAUUUGGAUUAAUGGAACAAGCAAAGAUUAAAUACAAUAUAGAAGACUAUUCUGUUAGUCAAACAACAUUAGAACAGGUUUUCAUUAAUUUUGCAAGGUCACAAAUUCCACCGAUAGAAACAAAAUUACAAUGUUGCCAAAAGUGUUCUAUUGUUUGUGGUUUAUGUUGUUGUAAUAAUUCUUAAUUUGUUUAUUUUUGUUUGUUUCUUACUGUGAUAAAUUGUGUAAUAACUAUAUGUCUGACGAGUACUCAAAACAUUAGUGAUUUUUAAAAAUAGUACUGACAUUCAUGCAUAGAUUUUAUUGAAUCAAGUGGAAUAUAUAAUUUUAGAAUUAAGAACAAUAUAUACUGAUUUUUGCAAUUUUGUUGAUUACAUGUUGAUCGUAUAAAAAAAUUAAGGUUUUUAACACAUAAACAAUAUAUAUUUAUAAUAAAUUUUUUUAGCUCAAUUUUUAUAAUAUGUAUAAAUUUAAAUUUUGAUAUGAUGGUAAUAUUAGGUAGUUGAAUUGAUAAACUGUUAAAAAUAAUUAUAGAUCAACAUUCUUGUAAUUAAAAUCGAUUUAUAUAGGUGGAUUGUUUGAACACAGUGAAAACUUAUUGUUCAUUAAAGCAGUGGCGGAUCCAGGGGGGUUCUGGGGGCUGGAACCCCCCCCCCUUUUUUUGACGAUCAAUGCAUUUGAAUGGGGACAUAUAGUUGGAACCCCCCCUUUUAAAAAUGGCUGGAUCCGCCCCUGUAAAGGACUGUUUUAUUUUGAAGUGUGGUACCUAAAUUUCUUUAAUACUCCUAUUUAAUAGUACAAAUAGUGCACAUGAUUGUGAAUUGCAUCUUAAGUUGUAAGUAACCUACAUAUAUAUCGUGUUUCCAUGGUACCAUAACAGUUUAAGUGGAACAGUCCUGCAUAGUUUCAGCAAUUUUUUUUAGGACAUUUGUAAUAUUUUGUACCUGUGUAUUUAUGUAUGUGUUCUUUGUAUUUUUUCUUAUCUGUGAUAAAAUAAACAAUUCCACCUAUCUUAAUAACAAUUAUCUUUUAAGAAACUCAAAUGAGUGUGUGUGAUUUAAGGCCUUUUUAAACCCUUUAUUUGAUAUGAGAUAUAAUUUAAAUGAUGAUGAUUAGACUGUAUUUAAUUGAAUUAACACAAAAAAAAUUUAAAUACUAUUUUCUUUCUAUCAAAUACGUAUUACAAACUCCUUCCUGUCAACACAAAUUUUGAUCAAUUGAUGUUUUUUUUU